AUGAAGAAGUCAUUCGCCGCUCGUCGCGUUCCACGGAAGAUUGGCCACGACGAACAGGAUGCCCCGUCGGAUGUCUCAAGUAACANNAUGGUCAGUCUUCACACCCUUGAUGUGAUUGCCAGCUCUAACAAAGCUCGUCGUGGCAGUUGGUUGACGCCCUUCCUCACAGACUCCACCACCACCACCACCACCUCUUCCAUAGUCAAGCGACCCGUCGCAAAGCAUCGCAAGUCUUCGACAUUGCGCCCCUCGUUCGCUUCUGACGACGAUAACGACGGCGACUCUACUCUUGUCACUCCCAAACGCGCAAACCUCUCCCGCCUGGCUAUCCAACGAAAUGCCGAAAAGCGCUCAGACGUUGCUUUUCGCCCAAGCCUUGAUUCAACCUCGGACCGUCCAACUUAUAACAGAGACUACCUAGACGAGCUGAAACAGAGCACUCCAGCCACACCCAAGGACAUCGCAUCAACAGCAACCACAGACAACGAAGAUGCUGCUUUUUCCUCUCGUGCUGCCAUCAACAUCAAAUCAAAAUUUGGUUCCGACCUUUCCAGAUAUCAGCCUCCCACAGCUAUACCCACCGCCGCCGAGAUUCAGGAANAGAAAGCACGUCGCGCACGAUUAGCCAAGGAGAACGACUUUGUAUCGCUAGAAGAUGAUGGUGAUGACGAAGAAGACGAUGAUACAGUCACACGGGAUGACCAGGGUCGCUUGAUCCUCAAACCAAAGGAAAAGUACCCGGAGACUCGCCUGGUGCACGACGAUGAGGACAUGCUCGAAGGAUUCGAUGAUUUCACAACUGAUGGCAAGAUCGCAUUUGGACGCAAGGCUCAGAUAGAGGAAGACCAAAAACGCAGAGCCGAAAUGGCCUCCAUGAUUGCCGACGCCGAGGGUCAAAGUGCAGAUGACGACAACGAAGAUGAUGAGAGCGAGGCCGAACGAAAUGCUGCUUUUGAGGUUGCGCAAACGCGUCACGGUACCUAUGCUGCACGCGAACAGGAAGCUGACUCGGCGCGGCCCCAAACACCACCAAGGGUUGUACCCCUACCAACAAUGGAUAGCGUGGUCGAAAGGCUUCGCAAGCGGUUAGAGGAGAUGCAACUAGUUCGUGCCAACAAAGCGAACGAGAUGCAAAGCCUGGUAGACGAAAAAUCAAGCAUCGGUGAAGAAGAAGUGAGAGUUCAAGCAGCUCUGAAAGAGACGGGCGAGAAAUACCAGAAGUUGAGAGAGGAUAUGGGCUUGCAGGCCAAGGAUGACGAUAAACAGAUCACCACAGGGCAUUCAGUGGAACAGAAGCCUACGACACACAGCAAUGAAGAUAGUGAGGACUAUGAAGAUGACGAUGAAGAUGACGAUGACGCGGAGGGCGGAAGAUCAGGCCUCGGGUCAGGUCUAGGGAGUGGAAUGCGUCGAGACAUGUCAGACUGGGGUGUGUAG